CGCUGACUUUUUAUUACAUCCAAUUGCAAAAAAUCGAAUUCCCCUUUCCAGGUUUUCGAACUCCAAACUCUCCAACGAAUUUGUCACUGCUAAAGAGAUAUGGGGAUCGUCGGAAACCUCAAUCCAGAGCAGCUUCAAGCCUUCCAUUCUCAAGGAUUUCUGGUUAUUGAUUCGUUUUCGAGUCCUGAAGAAAUCGAUGGCAUGAGGAAGCAGAUGGACCAGUUGCUUGAUGAGUUUAACAGUUCCACCGUCUCUAUUUUCUCUACCAAAAAUCAGAAAAAGUUGACUGAUGAUUACUUUUACGAGAGCGCAGAGAAGAUUUCCUUCUUCUUCGAGGAGAAAGCAUUUGAUGAUAAUGGAAACUUGAAGCAGCCCAAGCAGCUCUCUAUUAACAAAGUUGGCCAUGCUUUACAUGAGUUUGAUCCAGUAUUUUCCAAGCUCUCUCGCUCAGAGAAAAUCUCAAGUUUGUUUUCAUCAUUGGGUUACAAGAGGCCAGUGAUCAUGCAAUCUAUGUACAUAUUUAAGCAACCGGGUAUUGGGGGAGAAGUAGUGCCACACCAGGAUAACUCAUUUAUUUAUACAGAUCCUCCUUCUUGCACUGGAUUGUGGUUAGCUCUGGAGGAUGCAACCAUUGUUAAUGGUUGCCUUUGGGCCAUUCCAGGAUCUCACAAGAAUGGCCUGGUGAGAAGGUUUUAUAGAAAUGAGGAGGGUGUUCACUUUGAUCGCCCAUCUCCAGACUAUGAUCAGAAACAAUUUGUGCCUCUUGAAGUGAAAGCUGGAUCAUUGGUGGUCAUCCAUGGUGACCUUAUACAUCAGAGUUUUGAGAAUCAAUCCCCAAAAUCGAGACAUGCCUUGAGCCUGCAUAUUGUUGAUACUGAAGGCUGCAAAUGGGCACCUGACAACUGGAUCAGAAGAAAAGUGGAACCAGAGCCCCUUUAUAAUUCUUGAUUGGAGCACGUUGGCGGUCUCUUGAGUGGUUUAUAUAUUCAAAUUGAUGGUACCUAGAGGCGGAAAAAUCAGAUUGAAGUUUCCUUUUCAGGAUCAUUGUGCUACACUUUAUUAUGCAGUUCAAUUGCCUAAUUAUUACAUGGAUGUUCUCUUUCAAGAGGUGUGGAUCUUCUUCAUGCAUCUGAAAAUGGAUUUUAUGAACUUAUUAUAGCAUUGUAUAGUAAAUCCUGGUCAUGUAAUUAUAUUUCUCUUCUUUAUUAAGUCUUUUUAAUGGAA